ACGGCCGCGUGUUCGGACGACGUAAACAAAGGCACGUGUUUCUACCUUCUCACAGACUCUCGUCGAGAUCAGGCGAAUAUACACAGAAACAGUGUAAAAUACAGUCUAAAACCCUACAAGAGGAGAGAGAAGAAAAAGAAGAAGACCGUAGGAACUGAUAAAGGAAGGAAGAGAGCGGGAUCCAAUAAAGGAAGAAAGAGAGCGAGAUCCAAUAAAGGAAGAAAGAAUAUCCUUUUCCUCUCCUCCUAAAAACCUCUCUUGAGCUACUCAUUUCUCGAACGAGUUGUUUCAUUUCAAAAUGGAUUUGAAGGAAAUGGAUAUGUCACUGAAGGCUAUAUUUAAAGCCGAUCCAGACUUCUGCCCAGCGUGCGGUGCCAUUCUCUCGCUCCCCAAAUCAGGAAUGACUGUGACGUGUAAAGUAUGCAAGUACUCCAUAUGCUUUGGUGAUCUCAUUGGUCAAGAAACGUCCUACCAUAUUGACUUUGUUCCCCUGGGCACUUACCUGACAAAGAUCGUCGCGGAUGAAGAGAAGGACAAACUGGGCCAAAUGGACAACGAGAGAGAGUGCAGUAAGUGCGGUAAUGUCGGCAUGUCCUACACCACCAUGCAGUUGCGGUCGGCAGAUGAAGGACAGACUAUCUUCUACAUAUGUCCCAAGUGCAAGCACAGAGAAGUGGAGAACUCAUAAAGACAAGAACCUUUGGAAAAUAUAAGUUAAGAAAAUCUGUUUAAUAAAAAGAAUGUGAUUCUUA